CUCCAUCCCCUUGCGAUAUAUUGCUUGGUUUUCACUUGCAGGUAUCAACUUCGUCCUACACUGAUUUACGAUUUCUCAAACUGCACCUGAAUGAUUAUUUCGAUGUGCACCUCUUUGAAACACCGACACCGUAAAAGUGGCCUCUGGAUAUGCUCCUCGCAAAUCAGCAAUGAGAAGAUAAAGAGAGAAGCCAAUAUGGAGGGCGACCUUCAAAAGUCUGUCUCUUUUCGGCUAAAUCGGAGAGGAGAACGAAGUAGCCAGAAUACAAAUGUUAAAGAUGGGUUAAAUUUGAUGUUGAUGGUGCAGAUUUUGAAGCGAGCUUAUUUUCUUCAGGGAGACUAUCCCAAGAUUACCCCAUGAAGAUUGUUUGGAAGAAAGGCUUUAUUCGGCUGGUUCUUGUUACCGGGAUCUUGUGGAUGCUAUUGAUUCUUAUUGCAUUGUUGUUCCAUAUAUGGUCUUGUCAAUCAUCUGUCUCCUUUUUGUCAGCUAUAUGUAACAAAGAAAGCAAGGUUUACUCGAUGUUAGACACAAUGGGAUUUGUAUCAAAACCUCACAGAUGUCCAAUCCCGGUUGCAAAUGAUCCUGAUAAAAUAGUCAUUCCAACUGGAAAAAGUUUUGAUGAAAUUGUGAAAAAUUUAUUGUAUAUUGACAAAGAUGAAGUUCCACAUAAUGAACCUCAGGCACCUCCUCUAUUUGGAGGCCAUCAAAGCUGGUCUCAAAGGGAGGAGAGUUUCAAACUGAAUUCAACCAUGAAGGUUCACUGUGGGUUUAUGAAAGGGGGUGGUGCUGAAAUGGAUACUGUGGACACAAAUUUUGUCAAGAAAUGCAAAUUCGUUGUUGCUUCUGGUAUUUUUGAUGGAUAUGAUGUGCCUCAGCAGCCAUCAAAUAUUAGCUUUCGUUCUAAGGAGCUAUUUUGUUUUCUCAUGGUGGUGGAUGAAAUAUCUCUGAAAUUCAUCAAGGAAAAUGCUACUGUUAAAGAAGACAAUGAUGGCGGAAAAUGGGUGGGAAUUUGGCGUCUUGUUUUACUUAAGCAUCAACCCUAUGAUGAACCAAGAAGGAAUGGAAAAGUUCCCAAGAUCUUAACCCACAGGCUGUUCCCUCAAGCACAGUAUAGUAUUUGGAUUGAUGGUAAAAUGGAGCUGAUUGUUGAUCCAUUGCUCAUCCUUGAGAGAUACUUAUGGCGUGGGAAUCAUACAUUUGCCAUUGCCCAGCAUAAGUAUCACCGAAGCAUAUAUGAGGAAGCUGAUGCAAACAAAAGAAGAAAGCGAUAUGCACGCCCCCUAAUUGAUCUGCACAUGAAAAUCUACUAUUAUGAAGGAAUGAAGCCAUGGAAUCCGAUGAAGAGGACCAUUAGUGAUGUACCAGAGGGAGCGAUAAUUAUUCGUGAACAUACUUCAAUGAACAACUUGUUUAGCUGCUUGUGGUUCAAUGAGGUUCAUCUCUUCACCCCAAGGGAUCAACUGAGUUUUGGCUAUGUUGUGUACAGAUUAGGGGACGCGUUCAAAUUCUUCAUGUUUCCCAACUGUGAGUACAACUCACUGUUUUUGUUGCAUCCACACACAAGAGAGCAUUCUUCUCCCAUAGAGUGGGUCAAACAGUUAGAUCAACUUAAGAAUAAUAGCCUUAAAGAAAGCAGGGGAGGAUUGGGCUUGUGGACGCCUUAUCCAGGGGAUUUAGCUUCAGUUGUCCUGCCAAAUGUAACUAGAACAUCAAAAGCAGGCUGACAAUUUUUCAAAUAUUAAUUUAUGUUAUGAUUGUUUUCCAAGGAUUUCAGCAUGCUUAUUUUACUUAAUCUUUAUGUCUUCAAUGGAAAGUAAUGACGAUAAGGCUCUACAAGUUUCUGUCAA